UGUAAGUAACCUAUUUUUUAAAAUGGUUUCAUAUCCGCCAACUAGCAAUUAACUAGUAAAUUUUGAACCUCUUAUUACUCCGAUCUAGUUCUGACAACAUCGGAUAAAAUAAACACACAUACUGCCCUCAUAUUAAGUGCAAGACAGACAAACAUUACAAGUGAUAAAGAAGCUGAAAGCCUGAAAUAGAUCGAGUCAAUAAUAUGCCUACAUAUUAGAAAACAAUUAUUGAUUACUCCAUACAACCAUACUACAUAUAUGCGAUUGCGUAGUAAUUACUAAAUAAUACGAGUAAAUUGUCAUAAUACAACAAUAGUAAUCGCUAAUCAAUUAUUAAAAAAGAAGUUAUAGGAAUUCCAACUCAAAACGUUACUUAAAGAGUUGGGAGCAAGGUUGUCAACCCGCGGGUUGAUCCGGACCCGGUUGAGUUAGUGGGUCAAGGGUUAAUGGGUCACCCAUUUUAACCCGGUUUAGCCCGGAACUAUGGAAAGCGUCAUUAUAUUGUACUUAUCCUGAUAAAUUAUAUCAAAUCUCAUAUAACAUAUGAGUUAUAACAUAUAAUAUUACACCAAAAUAACAUUUCGUACUUAGAUUCAACAUAUAGUGAAAAUUCACACACCCUUAUAUAACAUUAAUAUUCAAAUGUUCAACUUAGGAUUCCAAAGAGUGAGUUAGGCGAAAAGAAAAAUCGGAAAAUAGGCGCAUUUCGCAAAACAAAGAAAAAAAUGACACAAUUUGACCUCCAACCCGGUACCUUGUGGCGGUCGACCCGGCAAGUGCGUGCGGCCCGUUUUUCUCACCGGGUCAGGGUCAAAGUGGGUCAACCCUCGGAUUGACAACCUGGGAGCUAAAUCAUCCUAAUCCAAAGCUGUAGUUGUACAGUAGCUGCGACUAACCAGUGUUUCUUAAUUAUUUUAUUUCCAAGUGAAAUAAUUCUUUCUUUGAUUAAGAAAAAAAUCAUUAUUUCACUAGGAUCCAGUCCAGUGAAGGUCAGAUGCGGCUUUGCUAUGCCCACUUGGCCGGCCGACGAAAGUCGAUCUUUCAGUUCAUCAUAGUGGUGUUUGCUUGCUGCUCUUUGGUUUACGUCGCUGUUCAAUGGUGUGAUUGGCUCCUUCCUUCCCCAGUUGUUGACCUCUGGGUUAGGUCUCCUUUUCUCGAAUAGUUUAAGCCUUUUAAGGAAUGGAAUGGUUUCCGCCCCGUUGUUGGGUCGUUGGGAUUAUAAUAAAAUAAGACCCCGAGAUGAUCUGCACAAACGAGUAGUAAUAGUUUAAGACCGAUGACUCCAUUCUUCGCCAAUGUAUAUUUGCUUAUUUGUCAAUGGCCACAGCUUUCUGAUCAGUCACUCAUCGGAACAAAGUCAUGGAAAUGCUUUUGAUUCUUGUUGUGGCGUUGAGCUGCUGUGUCCUGGUCCAUGGCCAUGAAGCCAUAGGCUUCUGCUACCCAGAAUUUGGGAGUUCAGAAUGUGGCGUUUCAGAACAGCAGCAGCCGAAGCUGGAUCGAGAGCAGCAGCCGCAUCUGCCUUCUUUCCACUUCCGGCCUCCCCAAAACUGGCUCAAUGAUCCUAAUGGUCCAAUGUGGUACAAUGGGGUGUACCACUUGUUCUAUCAGUACAACCCAGAAGGUCCAGUGUUUGGUGACAAGAUGGUAUGGGCACAUUCAGUUUCCCAUGAUAUGAUCCACUGGGUUGACCUUGAGCUUGCCCUGUCCCCAACCGAGCAAUUCGACAUGAAGAGCUGCUGGUCCGGUUCGAUCACGAUUCUUCCAGGGAACCUACCAGUGAUUCUAUACACUGGCAUUGAUUCGAAUGGUGUUCAAGUUCAGAACCUGGCAUUCCCCAAGAACAUCUCCGACCCCUUCCUCGAGCAAUGGGAGAAAUCGCCACGAAAUCCCAUCAUGACCCCUCCCCAAGGCGUUGCUGGGGACAGUUUUAGAGAUCCAACCACUGCUUGGCAGGAUCCUGAUGGGAAAUGGAAUGUGAUUGUUGGUGGCCUGAUCAAUAACGAAGGGAUUGCAUUUCUGUAUCAGAGUGAGGAUUUUGUUACCUGGACCAAAGUUGAGCACCCUCUCUAUUCAUCCCCAGGGACUGGGAUGUGGGAAUGUCUUGAUUUUUUCCCUGUGUUUGUUAAUAGUAGCAAUGGAGUUGAUACUUCGGUUGUCAAUCCAAGCGUUAAGCAUGUGUUGAAGAUCAGCUCAUUCAGUAAUUUGCAUGAUUACUAUGUGCUAGGCACUUAUGCUCCUGAAACUAGUAAAUAUGUUCCAGAUACUGAGUACACAGGUAAAAGUACAGAUUUGAGGUAUGACUAUGGGAAGCUUUAUGCUUCAAAGACUUUCUUCGACGAACCGAAGAGCAGGAGAAUCCUGUGGGGAUGGGCAAAUGAGUCUGACACCAUGGAAGAUGACCUUGCCAAGGGAUGGGCUGGAGUUCAGACAAUACCAAGGGAAAUAUGGCUUCACAGUAGUGGAAAGCAACUGGUCCAGUGGCCAGUGAAAGAAUUGAACAAGUUACGCGGCCAGCAUGUGCAAGUCUUGGAUGAAAAGCUGCCCACUGGAUCAGUUUUUGAAGUUGAAGGCAUCACUGCUUCACAGGCAGAUAUAGAGAUUGAGUUUGAACUGCACAGCCUAGAAGAGCCAGCCGAGUUCUUCGAUACUACUGCGAACGAUCCCCAGCAACUUUGUAGUGAUUCGAAUGCAUCGAUUCGAGGCAAAGUUGGUCCAUUUGGCUUGUUGGCUUUAGCUACAGAAGAACUGAAUGAGCACACUGCAAUCUACUUUCGGAUCUUCAAAGGCAGCAAUGGAUUCGUGGUGCUCAUGUGCAGUGAUCAAAGAAGGUCUUCUCUAAGAGAUGGGAUGGAUAAAACCCCAUAUGGAGCUUUUCUGGACAUAGAUCCUCAACAUGAAAAGAUUACAUUGCGAACACUGAUUGAUCAUUCGAUUGUUGAGAGCUUUGGCGGGGGAGGGAAGACUUGCAUCAGCAGCAGAGUUUAUCCUAAGCUGGCUAUUAACUCAGAAGCUCGACUGUUUGUGUUCAACAAUGGGACGGUGGAUGUAACGAUCUCGAGCUUGAAUGCUUGGAGCAUGAACACUGCCCAGAUGAAUCGCGGAAGAGAAAGCUACGCGGAGCUGGACGACUAAUGAUCACCGUAUAGAACCAUGGGAGCUGGAAGUCUCAUAGCAGGGCCUUAGUAGCCUACAGUGAUGUGUACAUCUGCAUUUGCUACUUUGUGUUCAUAAAAUAAAGCAAAUCGUUGUUGUCCAAUUUGAUGGUUGUUGUAUGCAAGAUUGCAGAGUUGUUUUCUUUUUCCCUUUUGCUUCUAUGUGUCCAUAUGAUGUCUACAUUUUCUACAAGUCUUUACGAUAAUAAAUUAAGAUGUAGUGUGUUUGAACAAAAUUUUGCAAAACUCCUAUAAUUCAAUUGAAAGGAAUUCUAUAUCUUUGUACGCUAUUCACAUCGACAUAUGCCUCAUUCAAAUAAUGCAAAAUCGAAGGUGAGAAUCAAUAAACUAAACAAGAAGAUGAAAUUAUCACAAGUAAAAUAUAGUUUUGGAUGUUUUUAAAGUGUUGGGUACUAAAAAAGGUAAUUACAA